UCUUUUUCCAAUGGCAAAUUGCACGCAGGAAAACAAGAAAGAUGGAAAGACGAGGUGCAAAUCUGAAGCAAAAAAUAGAUGCAUAAUCCACAGUUUACAUAUUGUAAUGCAUGAGUUUGGAAACUACAGAGAUGAAUAAAAUGGGGAAAAAAACAUGAAACUGAGCUUCCCCUAAUAUUCUUUCCUCUUUUAAUCCCUUUAUUUAGCACAAAAAUGGCUGACGAUUUUUGCUUUUUCAGCAAGGACAGCUUCAUCAUAAAGCCACCAAAGGCUUCUCCGAUGAUGCUGAGAAUGGUUGUCUUAAUCUUUGCAACGGUAUGUGGAGUUUAUAUAUGUUCAGUCGGCCUGAAACAAAUUGGUGUGCACUCCAGUGGACGGAUUGUAAGUGUUCAUGUGGUUGAAAAGCCAUGUGAGGCAACUGAUAUUGAACCUUCAGAAAAACCUUAUGUGCACUUCCCCAAGCCAAAGACUUUUAGCCGGGGCGAAUGUGCUUGCAAUCCUGUAAGGAAUUUUGCAAUAUUGUCGACGCAGAGAUCUGGUAGUGGAUGGUUUGAGACAUUGUUAAACAGUCAUAUGAAUAUAAGCUCUAAUGGGGAGAUUUUUUCUGUUAAAGUCCGGAAAAGUAAUGUGUCAACAAUUUUGGAAACUCUGGACAAACUUUAUAACCUAGACUUUUUGACGAGUGCUUCCAAGAAUGAAUGUACUUCUGCAGUUGGACUCAAGUGGAUGCUUAAUCAGGGUCUGAUGCAGAAUCAUGAGCAAAUUGUUGAAUAUUUCAAAACCAGAGGAGUUUCUGCUAUUUUUCUCUUCAGAAGAAAUCUGUUGCGCAGAAUGAUUUCAAUGCUAGCAAAUUCCUAUGAUCAGAAUGCUAAGCUGGUAAAUGGAACCCACAAGUCUCAUGUGCAUUCUCCCAAGGAGGCUGAGAUACUUGCAAGUUACAAACCCACGAUAAACACAACUUUGCUGAUUCCCAACCUGAAGCAAGUAGACAACAUGGCAAUAAAAGCUGUGGAAUACUUCAAUAGCACUCGACAUAUUAUAUUGUUCUACGAGGACAUAAUAAAAAAUCAAACAAUACUAAAUGAUGUUCAAGAUUUCCUGAAAGUUCCUAGAAGGGACCUUCACAGUCGUCAGGUGAAGAUACACAAGGGGACAUUGUCUUCACAAGUUGAAAAUUGGGUUGAUGUUGAAAAGACACUCAAGGGAACGCCGUAUGAAAGCUUCCUACAUGCAGAUUACAAAAUAUAGAUUUGCAGUCGUCGUGUACAGAUGUAGCUUGUUGUUCAACUCAAUUCUUUCAUUAUUUACUGUUAGGAGACACUUGAUCUUAGCCAAAAGGCCAAGAAAGGUUUACUUGUUAGCAGAAGCUAACAGGGGGAGAGCUUCUUGUUAAGAUUUUGGUAGCAGCUGAUUGUCUUCUAGUUUUGAGUACCAGGUAAUGAGUGCUGUCUUGAUUUUCACAUUAACUUGCAAUUUGUUUGCAAUUUCUUUGCAUUUCCACAAGUUAGGAAACUUGUAAUUGAUAAGAUUAAAAUUUUUUGCUAAUUUUGUUAUCAAUAUUUCUUUCCGUUCUUAA